GUUCAAUGGCAGCCUGGCUGUCAUGGGUGUCUUCCAGACAAAAAUAAAUGAAAGAAGCUAACUUAUUUUGCUCUGCAAGUCUCUGUUUCAGUGACUGCAAGUGAAAAUGAGACCUUACAAGAACAGCAAUAAUAGUAGAAGACCAGCUGCUGUUCUUCACCUUCUAUGCGUUGCCGCUUUUUUCUCUAUCAUCGUUUUUGCUAUCCAGUCCUCUUUUUUUGCAGGUAAUCGAAACUCAGAUCUUAACAAAGAAGAAAUCCAUACUUUAUCUGAAUUCCAGUUCUCUGUUCAGCAAUGCGUGGCAAACAGAGGGCUUGGUCUGACGGCACAUAUUGUUGACCAUUGCAAGUUAACUCUUAAGUUUCCUGAAGGGACUAACAGCACCUGGUACAAUGCGCAAUUUAAAAUUUAUGAGCCUUUGGAGUAUCAUUAUGAUGUUUGUGAUGCAAUUCUAUUGUGGGAACAGUACCGUAACAUGACUACAGUGCUGACAAGAGAAUACCUUGAUGCUCGUCCAGAUGGGUGGUUGGAUUAUGCAGCAAAAAGGAUCGCGCAAUUGGGAGAUGAUAAAUGCUAUAAUCGAACUCUUUGUGAGGAACACCUUAAUUUGAUUCUUCCAGCAAAACCUCCGUUUCGACCACGGCAAUUUCAGACUUGUGCAGUUGUUGGUAAUUCAGGAGAUCUCCUAAAGACAGAGUUCGGGAAAGAGAUUGAUAGUCAUGAUGCUGUUAUACGAGACAAUGAGGCUCCAGUUAAUGAGAAAUAUGCCAAGCAUGUUGGACUGAAGAGGGAUUUCCGCCUUGUAGUUCGGGGUGCUGCUCGUAACAUGGUGACGAUUCUAAAUGGAUCUACUGAUGAGGUACUUAUAAUCAAAAGUGUGACUCACAGAGAUUUUAAUGCAAUGAUAAAGAGUAUUCCAAACCCUGUUUAUCUGUUCCAAGGAAUUGUGCUACGCAGAGGUGCCAAGGGAACUGGAAUGAAAUCUAUUGAGCUAGCGCUUUCAAUGUGUGACAUUGUUGACAUUUAUGGAUUUACAGUUGAUCCUGGCUAUACUGAAUGGACACGAUACUUCUCUACGCCAAGGAAGGGGCACAAUCCACUUCAAGGACGUGCAUAUUAUCAACUCCUAGAGUGCCUUGGUGUUAUUAGGAUUCAUUCUCCCAUGAGAAGCCAGAGAAAACAAGACUGGUCAGAUGUGCCCAGUCGACAAUUGAUAAGCAGAGCUCAUGCUGCUGCCUUGCGCUUGAAAAGGGGUAGUGGGUUGGGACAGUUUGGAAGUUGUAAGGUGUGGGGCAAUGUAGACCCUAACAGCAGUGGGCCCAUCUCAGGAUCUUCAGACAUGAGUGAUGUCAGGAAGAACUCAAAUUACAAUAAAUGGGAGGUCAUGCCGUUUGAAAGUCUAAGAAAGGAAGCACGUGAUCAUUAUUCCCAGAUGGAAGGCGUCUCUCUCUACAAAAUGGAUGGCAAUAAAUUGGAUGAUCUGGUAUGCGUUAGGCACUCCUCAAGAUCAGAAGCAUGAACAUAAGCUUUGCACUAAUCUUGCAUUUUGUGAUUCAACUGGUUGAGAGCUGGCAGACUUCUGCUGGUUGCUAUUAUUUUGACGUGGAUCCAUUAGAUGGGCCUCUUGGAUGAUGAAUCUGUUAACUUGCCAUUUUGCUUCUAUUGUUUGAUCACUUAAGCGAAGUGAUUAAAUGUAUAUCAAGUGUUCCUAAUGAAAUUCUUGAAAUUUGGGACCCAUUGUGGCAAUGCAAAGGAAACAUAGCAAGUAAUACAAACCUCUGUACCACAUUACUGAAUCUGCUUGGAAAUGGUGGAACCAUAGGAUUUUCAACUUCGUGCAAAGGAGACAUUGUCUGCUAAUUCAAUGUACAAAGCCUUCUUGCUUUCUCGGAAUUCUUCUAAGGAAUUAUAGCAGCAAAAAGGGCUAUUGAUAAUAGAAACUGCGGUUGUGAGUGUUUGUCAUGCUUUGUUUAUACACUGAUUCUGAGGGUUUGACAUGUAUCCUGCUUAAAUCGAUUUUGACAUUUAAGAGAUUUUAAAGAAAGAUUCAUCUUCAGUUGUUGGGGGGCUCGAUGGUUCAUAUAGAAUAUUUUUUCAUGUGGAGCUACACAUUUUAUCUUAUUUAAUUUAUAUAUUGGAAAAUAUUGAACAUUGUCACACAAUGAAAUGUUGUCAUGUUGCAUUGUUAUUGCUCAA